UCAUUCCCCUCUCACUGAUUGAUGGCUUCCAUCGUGUCCAAGCUCGUGCGGGCAGCCGUCGCUGGUGGCAGUCGCCCGCCCAUCUCCCCGGGGCCGUGUCUCCGCCGGCACUGCCAGCUGACCGGCGACGCCCUCCGGCGCAUGUGCGGCGGCGUCUCCCCUGCAGCUGCAGCUGCAGCUCCAGCUCCAGCUCCAGAGCCGGAAGAAGAAGAGAAAUGCAUGGGACCCGAUUCAGAAGACACAGAUUGCCUCGAUGUUGCUGAUGAGAAUUGCCUCAAGUCCAAGGAGUCCCUGUGGCCCGUGUACGAGUACUGGUGCGAGUAUCAUGAGCUAUCACGCAGCCCUGCGGAGAUGCGCCGCCGGUUCAAGACAUUUAGCAAGACGGCAAGGCGCGUGCACGAGUUCAACAAGUCGGGCGCGAGCAACAAGUUAAGGCUCAACCAGUUUGCAGACAUGACCUUCGCGGAGACGAAGAGGCGUUUUAAUUCUAGCAAAUACUCCUAAAAUAGAAUUUGGGUUUAAUAAAGGCUGUUUUUCCUACAUCU